GCCAUUGAUCCUUGACGGGAACUCACCCAUUCACAUUCACGUCUGCAUUCACAAUCACAAAUUCAUCAUCCUGCAUUGCUUCCUGCUCGUUGUUGAGUUUGAUCAGUCUGGGGUUACUCCGAUUUAAGGCGCACAUUUGAUAUCGCGUACUCAGGUAUAAUUACUGCGAUUUUGGCGGGCAUCUCCAAUCAAUUUUCUUCGAUAACCUUUCUUUCCACUUUCCCUCCGUGUCCCGUCGCGAACAAGAUCAAAGCUUCUUCACCACACCGGACACUCCUUCCUUCAACGCUCAACGCGCAACAUCUACAUCAAGAAGGCGUGGAUCGUGUUAAGUGUUUUUCAUAAUUACAGUUUCUCCGAAAUCUUCUUAACGCACCCUUUAGAUUUAUUCAAUCUAAUAUUCCAUCCGACAAUCCUCUAUCCGCAUCCUUUCUAGCGCCUUGUCAUUGAGCCAGUUUCUAUCGCAAUGCCUGCCUCGCGACACUUGCCCGCAAAGGUCAAUCCUUUGAUGACCUCGGAGAUUCCAUCUUAUGACACCUUAGUCGCCAGAAGAAGACUGGGUCAGACAGAUCUUGCUGUGAAGACAGGUCAACUCAACAAAUCAAACUCUACCCAGCCCAAGAACUUGGGGACUUUCGAUUAUGCACACUUACGUGCUCCGCUGCCCAAAGGUAUCCACAGCGGCAUUUUCAAGCCUUCACCCGCCUCGUAUUUUUUGAUGCGCCGUAGCAAUGAUGGCUUCAUCAGCGCGACCGGAAUGUUCAAGGCUACCUUCCCCUACUCGGAGACUGCGGAAGAAGAGAUGGAACGCCGAUAUAUCAAGAGCCUCCCAACAACCUCUAUAGAUGAGACCGCAGGGAAUGUUUGGAUCCCACCCCAUCAUGCGCUUGAGCUUGCAGAGGAAUACCAGAUCUUGCCUUGGAUUAAAGCUCUGCUUGACAAUGCGCCAAUUGAAGUGAACCCAACUAAAGACCAGACACCUAAAUCUAUUGCGCCCCCUCCAAAGUUUGACUUUAAAGAUCUCGCUCCAAUUCCCGCACCAAAGCUACAAUUAGACGAGGCCCCUCAAAUCUCCCCUCCUGAGGCCCUAGCUGCACUAACUACCAAAAGUGGCCGCCCUCGUCGAUCCGCGUCACCCAGCAAGUAUGCAACUUCAUCCCCACGCAAGAUCGCAAGGGCACGCAAACCAAGUGCCAGACUAGCAAGUUUGGAACCUGUUGCGGCUGCUACCAAUAAUGUACUUGAACAAGUCCUGGAAAAUGGCGUAGUUGAGGCCGAGGAAAAGGGGGAUUCUACAGAGUCCACAACUUCCCAACCAAUUCAGGAGCAAGUCGAGGAGCAAGUUGAGGAGCAAGUCGAGGAGCAAGUUAAGGAAAUCAAGGAAGUUAAGGCGCAGAUUGAGGAACCAACCACAGAGGAAUCAAGCGAAGAAACCUCGGAGCCAAAGGUCAAAGUCAAGGUUGAUACUGAUGUUGAAGUUAAUGGCGAUGUCGAAACCACCCACACUCACGUUCAGGUUGAGAUGCCAGCUGGUACACCAGAUCUCCCUCUCCCAGAAGAUACGGAGGCUAUGAUCGCCAAAGCGAAAGAAAUGGUAGAGGCUGCUGUCAAGCAAGACGCAGGAAUACCAACUCGCUCGAAGAGAAAGGCGGAAGAGUACGAGGAAGAUGAGGAAGAGGAAGAAACUCUGGAGGUGGGCACAGCUAAGAAGGUUAAGGUGGCUGCCGAUUUGAAGAAGGAGAGAGUUAAGACUCGGGCUUUGAUCGGUCUGAGUGCAACUUUGGCAAUUGGUGCAAUGAUUCCAUAUGUAUUUGGCGCAUUUUAAAGUGAUCACGCUGGACAUGGGUUGUAUAUUGUUAUGUUUUCUGUUUCAUCUCCUGUUUAUUAGUCGAGGGGCGUUCAUGGCAGGGACACUGGAUUUUCGGAUGACCUUGAAGACCUGCGGAAACUUUUGCUGGAUCACUACCAAGUAAAAAGAACAUUUUUCAAAGUAGAUAUUACAGCACUGGAAGCCACGACGACUUUUUGGGAGCAAACGCGGUGUCGUUUCUUCCUCAUACCAUCAUUGUGUUCUGAUAGGCAAAAUCAAAUUAAUUUGACCAUGGGUUUCA